UUUUAUUUAUAUCAUUUAUGUAAAAUACCUACACAACACAUAACCUCGUGGUUUAUUAAAUUCUUUUUGUUAUUAAAAAUACUUGUCCGAAGAAAUGUGGCCAUAUUAUAAAACAUAACAGCCAAAUCAUUAAUAUAUUAUUUAAUUACCAAUUUUUAAAUUUUGAAUAAUUAAUAACUAAUAGCAGAAUGGAAGAAGACAGAUUAGUGACUAUUUAUUUAGCGACAGAAAUUAAUUUGCUAACAAUUCCAUGUCCUGCAGAUUGGACAGUAGAAGAUAUUUGUAUUGCGGUGUGCAAACAAAUUGAUAUUGGACCAGUGGCAAGGCAUCUAUUUGCCCUGAGAAGUAAAUCAACCAGACUUUGGUUACCACCUGGUUACAAACUAGGACCUCAAGAGAAAUGUAAAUUUGAAUUUCGUUUAAGAUUCAAACCUACGUCUCUUGAAAGACUGAAAUCAAUAGACUCAAACGCUUAUGAUUAUUAUUUUCAUCAAGCACGAUGUGAUGUAUUAGAAAAUAAAGUACCAGAUAUUGUUUAUGAAAAACAUAAAAGUGAAUUGAUUGGUCUGGGUGUCAGUGAUAUGUACAGAGUAAUGGUUGAGAAACAAGUACCUCGAGAGAUUGUAGAGUCUGACUAUAAAAAAUAUAUACCUAAGGAAUGUAUAAAAAGGCAUUCAUUUUUUAUAAAAAAACCAAUUCACAAUGCACUGGGACGAAUAUCAGGCCACGAUGCGACUUACGUUAAAAAACAAUACCUCAAUCAAUUUGAAUGUAUGGCGCCAAAUUAUCCGUAUGAAGAAUAUAAAGCUCUCAUGGAUAAAGGAAUUCCUAAUCCACCCUCUCGUGUCUUACUUAAAAUAAAUUCGUCAGAAAUAAUGUACUGUGAAGUAGAGACUAACAGCCAGUGGACUACACUCUGUGCCAUAGAAGAUCUUUGUUUUGUAUCAAUAAGACAAGACAAUACUGUAGAAGUAUCACGAAAAAGUGGAAUUCCAUCGUACCUGAAAUUUUCAACACAUCCUUUAUUAAUGUCAUUUGUGACGGCAUUGGAUGGAUAUUACAGAUUAGCUGUCAAGUGGACGUUUAAUUUGUGUGGGGAUUUUAUUACGCCUAGUUUAGAAAAAUUACAUCGACUGAAAUGUCACGGACCUAUUGGAGGUGAAUUUUCUUAUGCAAAGCUGGAGGAAAAACGUUCAAAUAAACCGGGAACAUAUAUACUGCGAGAAUGUGAAAAAAAAUACAGUGUCUUUUAUCUCGACUCAUGCGGAAAAGAUAAUAAACCACGUACUUAUAAAAUUGAACAAUUUGGACCAGAGUCGUUUAUUAUUUCGGAAUCUGUACAGAUAUAUAAAUCAAUAGCACACAUAAUAUCUUCUUUCAAUGAUCCUGAACAAACACUAUAUUUGUCUGAGUGCUUACCUCCGUCUGAGUACGAUGAAUCGCCAUUAUUGAUGUGUGCGAUCGAGAGAGUGAGUAAUGACGUUGCCGCGGACGAAGAAAUAAUAACAACAGUAUUGGAAGGUGGUCUUCGUGUCAUUCCGCCUCAUCAAUUACAAAUAUACAAAGCUCAACCUUUCACCGAAAAUAAUGUUAAGCCAGGCAAUGAUGGACAAGGAUCAUUAACAAUUGUUUACCGUGCCAUGUGGCGUGUAGCCAAAGGAAAAAAAUUAGAAGCUGCAAUAAAAUUAUUGAGAGACGAAGAAUGGAGAUACACAAGGGAAUUCCAGGAGUUAGCUGGUAAAUGGGGCCAACUACGAUCCAAUGCACUCGUUAGAUUAUACGGAUUAACGGUAUCACCGGCGGUGGGUACGCUGAUGGAACUAGUUAAAUUAGGUCCACUUGAUGCUUAUCUACAAAGUAAUUCUGCCCAAACUAUCAAAACAGUUGAUAUGGUUGAAGCCGCAGCGUGUUUAGCAAACGCUCUAUUUCAUCUAGAAGAAAACGGCUUCGUCCAUGGGAACAUUCGAUGCCGAAAAUUACUAGUUUACUCUCAUACGGACACUAGUUUUAUUAUAAAAUUAGCUGACCCGGGUUUAUUCACCUAUACCCGGUCUGACAUUCAUUGGUUGCCGCCUGAGUGUUACGAUAAACCCGAUCUUGCUCGUAAAAAUAUAUCUGCUGACGUCUGGGCAUUAGGGACAACCCUCUGGCAAAUAUUUUCCCGAGGCUCAGUACUUCCUGUCCUCCAUGAUAUCGAUUCAAUUAAAAAGUUUUAUUUAAGCGGUAAGCGGUUGCCGAUACCCACAGGCUGUCCUACUGAAGUUUAUAAAUUGAUGACCGAGUGCUGGGGAGAUAUUAAUAGACCGAGGAAACAACCGCAAGUGAUAAUGCGUGAUAUGAAUCGAAUACUUUAUCAGAUUUAUAAUUCAAGGCGUAUCCAUGCUUACGCUACGGCUUUUCCUAAAUUAUUCAACAAUCGUGAUCAUACUGAUGACAGCAAGAUUCUUGAUAAUAGUUCAUCUGACUGCGAAUCACGAGCCAGUAGUAUAUUUACUGAUCGAACUAGUCUUCCUUGGGAUGAUCAUGAUGACAGCGGAGCUAAAUUAAUUCAAUUAAACGAAGCUGAUGAUGAAGCCGAAGAAGAAUUGUCACUCUACUUGGGAUGGCUCGCAAAUACUGGUGGGAUAGGAGAUAGAAAUGGCGGAGACGGUAAUAAACUUGGAUUAAAUUGUUGUCGUGAUCCAACUGUUGAUCAAAUAGUAAACAACUUAAAUGCAAGUGUUGGUCACAAUGGUGGACCUCUAGGUCAAAUGCAAGGAAUUUUCGAAUUAGACGCGGAUUGUAAUGUUAUACUGCAAGGUAAAAUUGGCCAAGGGUUUUACGGCGAAGUUUAUCGAGGCACUCUCGAACGAGAUAAUUCCAAGGAUAUCGAGCCUCAGCUGGUUGCUGUUAAAAAAUUAAAAACUCGUGCAGUGGAAGCCGAUUUACGAGACUUUGAACGAGAAAUCUCCAUUAUGAAGACGCUUAAUCAUCCGAAUGUUGUUAAAAUUCUUGGUGUAAUAUCCGAGCCAGAAGUCUGCUUAGUUAUGGAAUUCGUUAAACAUGGUUCGCUCCAAAGCUACUUAGCAAUUCAUCGUGAAAAUCUUACUCACAAACGACUCCUCGGUAUCGCACUUGACAUAGCAACUGGAAUGGAUUACUUGGGACGUCAGAGUAUCGUUCACCGCGACUUAGCAGCCCGUAACAUUCUCGUGGCCGACGAUACAAGAGUCAAGAUAAGCGACUUCGGAUUAGCCCAAGUCACCGGUAAAAAUGACUACUACAUUUUGCAAACGAAUCGGGACUUGCCCAUUAAAUGGUACGCGCCCGAAAGUUUACGCGACGGUAAAUUUUCACCGCGAUCGGACGUCUGGUCCUUUGGGGUGACCAUGUACGAGACAUUUGGAUUGGGAGAGGAUCCAAAGCUUCCGAAUGUCGGCAGUCAGCGUAACGGCGACAGUAAGGAAGAAGGUGGUGCCGAAUUACUGGCGGCAUUGGAACGCGGAAUACGACUGCCGUGUCCGCCUAAUUGCCCCCAGACUGUUUACGUAAAACUUAUGUACUCCUGCUGGCACUUGCAAAGUCAUCAGAGACCAGACUUCGCUAUGCUCUGCAGUGAAAUUCAUGAUUUAAUUUCCCAGUAUUGAAAUUCUUUGCAGUAUAUUUUUACCGGAUAUACUUUUUCAACACUUACCUGUAGGAUGUACAUAUAUAUAUAUUUAAUUUAUAAUAAUUUUUAAAAUGACUUGUUUUUUUUUAUUGAAACAUUUGUUAUUGUUACAAGAUAUGUAUGAAAAGAUUUAAAAAAG